AUGUCCCUUAAAUUAUUUCAAAUAGAAAGUGAAAGUGAAAAAUUUUCUGUUUGCCCUCAAUUGAUUUAAGUAUGUGUAUCUCGUUCAAAAAUAAAAAUUACAGUAUUUAUAUUUAUCAUAUUAGGCUUAUUAACAACAAUAUAUUAUUGUCACUAAUUAAAAUGCAAUUUUCAAUGAGAAAUGCAUUAAACCUUAUGCAUAUUCGGCAACUUAUUUUGAUCCAUAUAAUUAAGUUUCUGGAUAUUGUUUUGAUAAGGAAUUUAAUGACUCCUUUGGAUAUAAAUUCUCAUACUAAUCAUGA